GAUCAAUGAAAUCCUCUACUGACGAUUCUGAUUUAAGUCUUACACACAAGCUAAGAUAUGCAAGGAAAAACACAGAAGAAACAACGCAAGCACUUUCAAGUCUUCACACAAGUGGAAGAAACAACAGAUGCUCUUUAUCAAUAUAUACACAGUGCAGAGUUCAAGUCGAGAGUUCUCCAAGAUAUUGAGAUGUACACGCGCUUUACAAUUGGAAGAGAACUUGAUAGUCGCAUAGAAAAAGCGACUCUUUCGUGGCAACAAGAAAACAUUCCAAGGAUGUUUACAAGCCAUAUAUUACAAACACUUACAGAAAAUUUCAUGGAAAUUCACAAGCCCUUGCUCAACAUUAAGGACAGUAUGAAAGGAUUUAAAUCUCCAUUUGACGUUGAAGACAAACUCGGUUCUGUCCUUCUGUCAUUGAUUGGCACGAGUGGUACCUCCGUCGCUGGAAGCGUGGCAAUGAUGUAUAUGUCUGUAAAUCCUAGGGCUACACAGACAUUGGCAGCGGCAGGGGUUGUAACUGGUCUUGUAGUUACAGGAUUAGUCAUUGGCGUCUUUGAUGACUACGAACCAGUACUGAAGAAUGCUUACAAAUCUAGAAUUGAUAAGUUAUCAAAGCCAAAAAUAAAGCAAAUAUUACGUAAAACAUACGAAGAAAGAUUUUUAAACAUUAUUCGAAGUUAUCUUGAAGGAUAUUUAAAAAGUGAUAUUGAUGAUUUGUCGAGAAGUGUUGAAACAACGCAGAGCAAGAUAAAACAAUUAGUGUUUGAAAAACACUAAUGCUUCAGCAUGACAACUUAUAGUUGUCAAAGCAAAUCAAAUAUUUAUAUGUUUGUGCCCACAGUAAGGAUUUCCAACAAGAAAUAAAAAUGUGAAAUAUGAAGCCCUAGCACCAUAUGUGACCAUGGUUCAAGUUUUUAUUUAAGUGGGUCAAAC